UAUAGUGGUGAACUCGUAACGUAUUGAACAGAAAAAUUAGUAAAAAAUUAUUUAUUCAAUGUUGUGAUACUUAUUAAAAUACGAUUUUAUAUUGUAAAACAUGCAUUGGUUUGGCAUCUAUUGUUUUUGGUCUUUAUUUACUUAUGUUUUAUCUGAUACUCAUAAUUCCACGAAAGAACGGACGUUUAUUGUAGAUUAUGAAAAAAAUGAAUUCCUAAAAGACGGAGAAGUAUUUCGGUAUGUUUCUGGUGAUCUACACUAUUUUCGAAUUCCUAGACUUUAUUGGAAAGACAGAAUUCAAAAAAUAAAAGCCGCUGGAUUAAAUGCUAUUACAACUUAUGUAGAAUGGAGUUUACAUGAACCAUUCCCUGGUAUAUAUAAUUUUGAAGGGAUGGCUGACUUGGAGUAUUUUAUAAAACUGAUACAAGACGAAGGCAUGUACCUACUCUUGAGACCUGGACCAUAUAUAUGUGCAGAACGUGAUUUUGGUGGAUUUCCAUAUUGGUUAUUGAACGUUACGCCUAAAGGGAGCUUGAGGACUAAUGAUUCAAGUUAUAAAAAAUAUGUUUCGAAAUGGUUCAGUGUGUUUAUGCCAAAAAUUCAACCUUAUUUGUAUGGAAAUGGUGGGAAUAUCAUUAUGGUCCAGGUAGAAAACGAGUAUGGGAGUUAUCAUGCAUGUGAUUUAGACUAUAAACUGUGGUUACGUGAUUUAUUUAAAGGCUACGUAGAAAAUAAAGCUCUACUCUAUACAAUUGAUAUGUGUCAACAGAGCAGUUUUGAUUGUGGCUCUAUUCCAGAAGUGUACGCGACUGUUGAUUUCGGAAUUUCAGCUAACGCUUCCACGUGUUUUAACUUGAUGAAAAAGGUGCAAAAAGGUGGACCGCCAGUAAAUUCUGAGUUUUAUCCGGGUUGGUUAGCUCAUUGGCAGGAACCACAUCCUACAGUAAAUUCUAACGAUGUUGUGAGGCAAAUGAAAUCAAUGCUUUCGAUGAACGCUUCGUUUAGUUUUUAUAUGUUUCACGGAGGUACAAACUUUGGAUUUACGUCUGGCGCCAAUACCAACGACACUAACGCGAAUAUCGGAUAUAUACCUCAACUAACAUCAUAUGAUUAUGAUGCUCCGUUAACCGAAGCAGGUGACCCGACCGAAAAAUAUUUCAAGAUUAAACAGACUCUUGAAAAUGCCAGUGUGAGUCUUAACAGUUUACACAGUCAUACAAAAGUCGAAGGUCUAACUCGUUAUUUUUAUAAACACUCUGACACUAACGAUGUAUCGCCGACUUCAAUGCAUAAAGCAGCAUAUGGUGUAUACUAUUUACAACCAUUGGUUAGUAUAUUUGAAACGGUUACUCAUCGAAUCGAACCAAUGUCAAGUGCUGCACCGAUAACGUUUGAAGCUAUGGAUAUCAACACUGGUUUUGUAAUGUAUGAAACAACAUUAUUGAACAAUAAGUUCCAAAAUCCUGUAAAUUUAACUGUGGAAUCUGUAAGAGAUCGAGCAAUCAUAUACCUGGAUCGAGUUCAAGUUGGCACUAUGAAUCGAUUAAAAGCAAACACAACUAUGUAUUUAAACAUUAGUAAUAACUCUGCUCAAAAACUGAGUAUUUUGAUAGAGAACCAAGGAAGGAUUAACUACGGAGACUUUAUCGAAGACAGAAAGGGAAUUGUGGGUGAUGUACUACUUGAAAAUACAAAACUAGGUCCGUGGAAGAUGAUUGCACAUCCUUUAAAUGAAACGUCUUGGCUUUCUUCAAUUAAACCAGUGGAUAGUGUCCAAGUACCGGCAUUUUAUAGAACACAGUUUAUUUUACCAGAAAAUUAUACGAAUACCUUAGAUACAUAUCUGGAUACUUCAGGUUGGACUAAGGGAGUAGCAUUUUUAAAUAAUAUAAAUCUGGGUCGUUAUUGGCCACUUGCCGGGCCUCAAGUUACACUUUACGUACCCGCUACUUUUCUAAAGCCACCGCCCAAUGUUAAUACACUUGUUAUGUUUGAACUUGAAAGCGCACCUCAAGACUUGGCAAUUAAGUUUGUAGACAAGUCAAUUCUUAAUGGCCCAAUAAACACAUAGAUUAAAAUACAUAACAAUAUGCUGUAUAUUAUUAAACUUUUAUUUAAAAUAUGAUAAGUAUAAAAUAAAAUAUGGUUACAUAUUAUUA